AUGAAGUCAUCCAAUAAAACUAAGUCUAUGAGGAAAGCUAUGCAGGAUCUUAUGGGUAAGAAGACAACUCACAAAAAUAUUGUGAUAUCACAUUAUGGCAAGAAUGUCACUGACCCUAGGGCACUUGCAAACAGUAUCAAUUCUUAUUAUACAAACGUUGCUGGAAAAUUAGGAAAAAUUUGGAAUCCAACUAAUACAACGUGGGAAAAACUUUUAUCUAUUGAAAUAAAUAAUAUAUCCAUGUUCCUCAGUCCAAUAAGCCCAACAGAGCUCCUAAAUACCAUUAAUUCACUGAAGAGAAAUUAUUCAACUGGUAUUGACAAUAUUCCAGAUUAUACAGGAAAGAACAGCAAGACAAAUACUUUCGCGUUUAUUGGACAUAUGCAAUUCAUCCUUAUCAUGUGGUGUCUUCCCUCAGCAACUGAAAAUGGUAAAAGGUUUUCGAAAAUUACUGAAAAAGUGUUCCUUUUAAAACUAACUACAUUCUUUGGCAAGAAUAGUAUUAUUUCUGGAUGUCAACAUGACUUCAGACCACAGCGAUCAAUUGAAACUGCCACUUACAGUCUGAUAAACCAUGUCUUAAAUCCAGUGGACAACCACAGAAAUAUCUCAGGUUUAUGCUUGGACCUAACAAAAGCUUUUGAUGUGAUUGAUCAUGCUGUAUUUCUGAGGAAGCUUGAAUGGUAUGGUGUAAGAGGUGUGCUAAAUCAGUGGAUUAUAUCGUAUUUGGAAUAUCGCUCUGUGGUAGCUGAAAUUAAGUACAUGGAAGGAAAUGAACUCCAAGAACCAUGUGGACUGACUCAUUGUGUUCCACAGGGUCCAUUUUAG